AUGUAAUAGUUAUCAGGGCGUAACCUUGAAAAACUAACACGUCAGAGCAAAGAGACGCCAGUUAUAUAAAACCAUUAUAUGACCUCCACUGGCAGUCUUGCUUGUACGAACGUUCAAGUAGUUUUGUUCCAGCAUGAACGAAAAGCAUUUGGGUAAAGGCUCCACAAAUCCUCCCUUAUCAAAAGGGAAGUUAAGGUUGUACAGUAUGAGGUUCUGCCCUUAUGCUCAAAGAGCACAUUUGGUGCUUGAUGCAAAGAAGAUACCCCACGAUGUUGUAAACAUUAAACUGUCAGACAAACCAGACUGGUAUUUUGAAAGGAAUCCACUGGGAAAAGUUCCAGCUAUAGAAAUGGAAUCAGGAGACUGUAUCUACGAGAGUCUGAUAAUUGCAGACUACCUUGAUGAGAAAUACCCACAAAGACUAUUGCAUCCUAAAGAUCCUAUACAGAAAGCAAAAGACAGAAUCUUGGUGGAACACUUCAGUAAAAUACCUACAAACGUAUACAAACUUUUCCAUGGUUCAGACAUAGAUCCCUUGGAUGAUAUUCUGACAGACCUGGAUUUAUUUGAGAAGGAGUUAACACUGAGAGCCACACGUUUCUUUGGAGGUGAUGUACCAGGAAUGCUAGAUUAUGUGAUAUGGCCAUGGUUUGAGAGAAUCGAUGCUUUCAAAAUUGUGGCACCAGAGAAAUUUGUUAUACCCAGUGAGCGGUACAAGAAACUGAAUGGAAAGAAACAAUGAAGGAAGAUGAUGCAGUGAAAGUCACUUAUAUUAAACCAGAAAUCCAUGUCCAGUUUUUCAACAGUUACAAAUCUGGCAAUGCCAACUAUGACAUACUGGUGAAGUAAUCAGUCAUUAUUUCUUUCAAGCCUCAGAAUCAUAAUAAAUGAAGCAGAGGGCCAUGAAGAAACUUGAUAUGGGCUGUAUUGAAAUUGAUGACAUUUUAAAAUAAAAAGAUGAAAACACUAGGCAUGGAAGAAGAGAAUUGCUUGUUUGAGUUUAUAUUCGUCAGAGAAUGCACACAUUAUUGGAAUUGGCACAAAAUAUGACAGCUUUAAAGUUUCUGUUUCAUAGUAAAUUGAUCACAGAGAGGAAUGUGAGAUUCUUUCUUAAGAUGAUAUCUUAAGAGGAAAAAAAUAUACAUUGGUAUCAAAACAAAACUGCAAUCAGGCGGUACAUAGGAAAUGUAUGAAUAAUAAAAAUGUAUCCAACCCAAAAUAUUUUGAAUGUACUAAUGAAUUUAAACAAAACUUGUUUCUAGUGUUUAUUCAUUUUUAGACUCUUAAAGAACACCAUUGCAAACCAUAUCUCUUGAUAUAUGUAUAACUGAAUGAAAAAUUGUUGAUUAAUACAGUUAGUAACUGUAUUCAAAAACAUGUUCAUUACUCAUAAAUAUAUGAAGGAAACAUAA